AUGAAGGUUUUGGGACUCUUUUUCGGAGGCCUUGGAGUAAUGGCGAGAAUAAACGACCGCGCCGGAUUUAUCGAAGAAUACGACGAUCAAGACGAAGACACUAGAAAUGAAGGAUUCGAAGCCUUCGCCAUUGAAAAUCUCGAUGGAGCAGGGCGAAAUGGCAAACCGAAAUGGCGAAAAGUUCAAAACUCAAAAUGCGGUGGAAUUGCUGCGCCGAACGAAAAUGGCGUUUUUUGGCGCUGCUCGGUGCUAGAAUUGGCAAAACGGACGAAAAAACGAUGCAGAGCAUUUUGCAUGAACCGACGAAAAACAUCAUUCAACGAAGACGCGAUAAGAAAAGUGAUUUGCGAUAAGGAACUCGGCUGGAGACCUGGUGGAGCUGGUCGAUUCAUCGCUGGGCCGUUCAAUUUCGACUCUAUUUCUUGUUCAUGA